AUUUAUACAAAAUAUGCAAGAAGAUUGGAUGCCAAAACAGGGAAUGCUUUUUGAUAAUAUUGAUGAUGCUUGGAAGUUUUGGGUUGAUUAUGGGGGAAGAAUGGGGUUUGGAGUGAGAAAACAAUAUAAACACAUAAGCAAGGACGGCUCAGGCUUAGCUACUUCUUGUAGGUUCGUGUGUUGCAAAGAAGGCUUACGAAAACCGGACAAACGAGAUUUUAAAACAAUUAAGCCAAGACCAGAGACGAGAACUAACUGUCCAGCAAGGAUAGGUCUUAAGAAUAUGGGUGAAAAUUGGAUGGUUCAUGAUUUUGUGGUAGAACAUAACCAUAUGUUACACACACAAGAAACAACUCAUAUGUUGUCAUCUCAACGAAAAGUUUCAGAAAUUCACUGCCAACAAAUUGAUCUAGCGGAUGACGCCGGUCUUCAACAAAGGAGUUCAUUUGAUUUGAUGAGUAAAGAAGUGGGUGGCAGAACCAACUUGGGAUUUACACGCCUUGAUCAAAAGAAUUAUCUAAAAAAAAGAAGGCAAAACAGUUUAGUAAAUGGGGAAGCCGGGUAUCUAUUGCAAUACUUUCAAAAAAUGUCGCUUGAUAGUCCUUCUUUUUAUCAUGCUUAUCAAAUGGAUGUGGAAGAUCAAAUUACUAAUGUAUUUUGGGCAGAUGCGAGAAUGCUCUUUGAUUAUGGAUAUUUUGGUGAUGUGGUUUCUCUUGAUUCAACAUAUUGCACAAAUAGUUCAUAUAGACCACUAGCAGUGUUCUCGGGAUUUAACCACCAUCGAAAAGCGGUGAUCUUUGGGGCUGCAUUAUUGUACGACGAAACUGCAGAGUCGUACAAGUGGCUUUUUGAGACGUUUCUAGAGGCACAUAAGCAAAAAACCCCUCAAACAGUUUUUACUGAUCAAGAUCAAGCAAUGGCAAAAGCACUUGUUUAA